UGCAUAUAUUAGUGAGAGAAGAGGAGUGCAACAAGAGUGAAGUUGAGUAGAAUGGGUUUGACAGUGGAGAGGUUUGAGGAGAAGAUGGUGUUCUCUUUUGAGUCUCAGAAAUCAGUUCCAGCACCUUUCCUCACAAAGACAUAUCAACUUGUUGAUGAUCCUCUCACAGACAACAUUGUUUCAUGGGGUCAAGAUCAAACCACAUUUGUUGUCUGGAGACCCCCUGACUUUUCCAGAGAUCUUCUUCCCAAUUACUUCAAACACAACAACUUCUCAAGCUUUGUUAGGCAACUCAACACCUAUGGUUUCAAGAAGGUAGUUUCUGAUAGGUGGGAGUUUGCGAAUGAGUACUUCAGAAAAGGAGCUAAGCACCUUUUGUGUGAAAUACAGAGAAGAAAAACACCUCAGCAACAUCACCAACUCUACCAUGACCAGCCACCAUCCCAGAUUCUUCAACAAGAUGAAAGUCUCUGCUUGCUUGAUUCUCCUCUUUCAUCUCCAAAACCAAGCACGGACAUUCUAACAUCCCUUUCUGAAGACAACCAAAGACUAAGGAAAAAGAACUUCAUGCUCUUGUCAGAACUUAGUCACAUGAAGAGUUUGUACAAUGACAUCAUAUAUUUCAUCCAAAACCAUGUAAAACCUCCAUCACCCUUUGAACAAAGAACCAGCACUGCCGUUCCAAAGCUGGUGGACAAGUCCUUGUUCACUUCUUCUGAAGAAUCAAACAGUUCUGUUAAGCUCUUUGGGGUCCUUCUAAGUGGCACAAAGAGAUUCAACCCAGAUAACAUUAAUUGAUGUUUUGUCC